ACAACACUACGAAACAGCUGACACAACAAAAAACAUAAGCACAAAGACGCGCAAUUCUUAUGGUCCAGAGGAAAUAAACAUUUUUAUGAUGAGCCUUGCAAGCGGGGACGAGGGUAAUGGAAAGGGCCAAUUCAGCUUUCCGGCAUGCUGGAAAGAUAACGCUAUUAUGCAGCUACAAUUCGCCAUGUUCCGAUCUCGAGAUCUGGACACCGAGGACUAUGACGCAAAAAUGAAAUUCUGGAAGGAUUUGAUUGGGAAUUACUUGGAGUUCGCCGGAAGACCCAUAUUCAGUCUGCGAGAUUUGCAACUGCAAUUUAUGCGGGGUGUCCAAUUGCCCGCAUGUUUGGAUACCGUUAUAAUGGAGAUGCAGCAGAGGAAGCAGAUCCGAUAUCGCAGUGAGUUCGAGCAUGAUCCGGCGAAUUCUUGGAGCGCAUGGCUGGUCAACAGUCUGGUAAAGCGUCCCCUCUCGUGGAGCUGGGCCAAAAUAAAGUACAGCGUGGUAGCCGAGGACCUGGAGGCGUCCUCUCUUGUUGAAUGGGUUCACCUGGAUGUCUUAAACAACAUUUGUGAACUCAUAACCGAAAAAGUCCUAUCUGAGAACAGUGGAAAAUUACUACAUUUUGAUGCAUUCAAAUCCCUUUGUAAGUCCCAAGAAGUUCGCAUUCAUUCAGACAAUGAUUUCCGCGCUUGCUUGCUGGCGCUAAAUGUUCGUCAAAUCAUCGGUCUUGAGUUUAAGACAGAAAAGGGAUUGCGUCAAAUUCACUUGAUCAAAAUACCAAAAAAACAGGGUGAUGAUCUUAACAUCAGCCAAGAGGAUCAUGCCGUUCACAAUCUUCAGAAUACUCAGGCCCAGUUACUUAAGCAGUUGGAAAAUUUGGAGGAAGAAAUAAAGGUAAACGAUGACAAAGCGCGUCAAUACAUGAAGGAAAACAAGAGGCAAAUGGCCAAAACAUAUCUACGAAAAAGACAUCUGCUAGAGAAGAAUCAUGAGCGUCGCAGUAUUGCUUUGCAUAACAUUGAAUCGCUUUUGUCUAGCGUGGAUGAGGCUCAAAAUAGUGGCGUUGUAAUGGACGCCUACAAGAUCGGCUCAAACACCUUGAAGAAAGUGCUUUCGGAUUCUGGACUAAAGUACGACAAUGUCGACGAAGUUCUGGCUGAUGUGCGGGACACUCUAGACCAGCAUCGGGAAGUUCAGGAUACCCUGUCCAAUAGUGUCGUUGAGGGCGUUAGCCAAGAGGAGGAUCAGCUUGAGAAGGAAUUGCGAGAACUGUGUGGCGAAACAUCUAAAGUUUUUAUCAAUCCGCUCAUUAAUAACAAUGAUAAACCGGAGGUUGUUAUCACGGACGAGGAGAUGAUUGCCAUGCUGCAAGAGCUCGAGGUUGAGGAUGGCACCGUAUCCCAAUCGAGUACAAGAGCUGUGAAAACUUUACAGGGGCUUUAAAAUUAUUCGUGUUUUCUUUUAUAUAUAUGGCAUGUGAAUUGUUCUAGUACUUAAGUCUAUAAAAUUGUUAUAAUAUUUUUGAA